AUUUGUCUCCAUUCCAACAAACUGAGAUCUCAGGCUGUUGCUCCUUACCCCGAGAAACACCAGCAUAAAAAAACUCAGCUUCAUCAUGGUGCAGAAAGUCGCAGUGAUCGGGGCCGGCCCCUCUGGUCUCACCAGCAUAAAGGCUUGUCUGGAUGAGGGCAUGGAGCCAACCUGCUUUGAAAGCAAGAACCGAGCCAGGGAAAAACCCGAGCCGAGCCCACGUCUGGACCUGGUCUGCAGUCAGCUCGAAAAUGUCCAGGAGAAAUUUAAUUUGGUCGACUACAGUGCAGCAGAACCGAGCCGUCAGCUCCGGGGCUCCGGGAACCCGAGCCAGACGGGGGCAGGGAGCCAGCAGACGUCAGUGAAGAAAGUCACAAAGAGACCAGACUUUCCUCGCACCGGUCAGUGGGAGGUGGUGACGGAGAACAAAGACGGAUUAGAGGAGAGGCAUGUGUUUGAUGCAGUUAUCUGCUGCUCCGGUCAUUUCAACUACCCUAACCUGCCUCUCAAAGACUUCCCAGGAAUUGAGACGUUUGAAGGGAAAUACUCCCACAGCUGGGAUUACAAGGGACCUGAGGAUAUGCACGGGAAGAGAGUGGUGGUCAUCGGCAUCGGUAACUCAGGAGGGGACAUUGCUGUGGAGAGCAGCAGAGUUGCAGAGCAGGUGUACCUGAGCACUCGCAGUGGUGCCUGGGUCAUCCGCCAGGUUUCUGAUGACGGCUUACCCGUCGACAGGUUCAACACGCGCUUCGUCCAUGUCUUGUUCAAGGUGCUGCCAAUGUGCUUGCUCAACUGGUUGGGUGAGAAGAAGCUCAAUGCCAUGUACGAUCAUGCAGUGUAUGGCCUCAAACCCAAACACAGGCUCUUCAGCCAGAUUCCAGUGAUCAACGAUGACCUCCCCUUUAGGAUUUUAUCUGGGUCGGUCCUCGUCAAGCCAAACGUGAAAGAGAUCCGUGGGUCCACUGUGGUCUUCAAUGAUGGCAGCACUGCGGAAAAUGUGGAUUUGAUUGUGUUCGCCACAGGAUACAACUAUGAUUUCCCCUACCUGCCAAAUGACGUAAUGUACAAGUCGGGGCACCGUGUGGGUCUGUACAAGCAUGUUAUCCCCCCGGUCCUUGAGCAUCCCACCCUGGCUAUCGUGGGCUUUAUCCAUUCUGACGGAGCCAUCAUGCCACAAGCUGAGAUGCAAGCCCGCUUCGUCUCUCGCGUCUUCAAAGGACAUAAGAAGCUUCCCUCCUGUCAGGCCAUGAUCAAGGCUGUGGAGAAGGACACCAAGAAUAUUGAGAAAAACUACGUUGUGUCGAGGCUGACGCCCCUGCAGGUGGACUUUGUUGAGUACAUGGACGACUUAGCAAAGGAUAUCGGAGUGCGCCCCAGUCUCCUCUGGCUCUUCUUCACCGACUUCCCGCUGUUCAAGCGGGUUUUCUGGGGACCCGUCACUGCUUACCAGUACCGACUGAUGGGGCCAGGAAAAUGGGACGGGGCCCGCAAGGCCAUCUUCACCCAGUUCGAUCGCUUGUACCAGCCUCUAAGAACCAGACAGGUCGGAAUGACCCUUGAACGGCCCGGACGCUUCGAUGAAGACCAACUCUAA